UGCUGUGUUUGAAGUGUAAGCAAGAUGGCGAUUACCAGUACAAAAACGUGUCUACUCUAGCAGUUGUGAAGGAAACGUUUGGUUAACUUCAAAUAACUCUAGUUUUUAAUGAGUAAAUCUGUCGCAAGUGGAAGAAUAGAUAAUAGGAAAUCUUCUUCAAAAAAGGAUUCUUCCGGUCCAGUGAUGGCUCCGGCAGUUUUGGUAAAUGGUAAAGCGGAAAACAAGAACUUGAAAGUGUCGUCUAAACAAAAUUUAAAGAAAAUGGACCCAAAAGAUCAAGAGCUUGAUAAAAAGCGAGGGCCCAUUGACAUCGCCGCUUUAAAGACGCAACUCUCUUCUGAGGACCUUUUCAUUUCUAGCCUACUGACCAAUAUUCCAACUCAGGGUGUUUCUACAGUACAAGAUCUCGAUGGUAACAAGGCUGGUGAUGACCACAACAGUUCUACCCAGAAAUUUGACACCGGGAACCGUGCUUCCAAUCCUGAAGAACUGAAAGAACGUCUAGCAGCUAAGCUCUCACAGUUCACAGGUAAAAAACUGGAUUUGUCCGAUAAGAAAAUGAAAACGAAACUUAAACGGAAAUUAGAUAAAUUGGAGAAGAAGAAACUAAAAAGGAAAAAUAACAAGAUGAGGUCCAAAAUUGCAAAACUUGCACAAGCUACCAAGGCAGCAUCUGUAUCAUCAACCUCUUCACUUACAGAGUCUGUCAAAACAGAAAUUCCUGAGCCAACCGUAACAAGCAGACCACCAAAGCCAAUUUUCAACAGUGAAGGUCGCAUGGUUUUCAGCAAAUUUGAUUUUGGAGAGUUGACAACUCCAUCACCAAUCCAGAAAAAGACCACCUUAGAUCCAAAGGCAGCACUCAUUAAAAUUAAAAAAGUGAAAGAAAAAGUCAAACAUUUGGAAGGCAAAGGUGAAGUAGAAAGAGCAAGGAGUAUUGAAGAGAAACAAGCAUGGGAAGGUGCUCUGCAAAGAGCUGAGGGUGUCAAGGUGAAAGACAACGUAGAGUUGCUGGCAAAAUCGAUUAAGAAGCGAGAAAAAAUGAAGCAACAAAGCAAAAAGAAAUGGGAUGAACGAAUCGAAGCGCAAGAGAAGAGAAAAGAAGACCAACAGAAGAAGAGAAAAGCCAACAUCGGGAAGAAGAAGACCGAGAAAAAAGAAAAGAAACUUAAUCGAUUAGCGAAAAAAGGCAAAUUUAUCGUAUGAUUGACCGACACUGAUUCAUGGAUGAGCCGACCUGUGUCCUAUCGUGUGCAAGCCGUGUCGUGAUAGUUUUGUAUAAAAAUAUACUGGCAUGCCUUCCAUGAUCGUGGAAAAUUUGAAGAAAAAAAAGUUUUGGAUUCAUUUUGAAGGG